CUUAAAAAUGAAGGAUCAACAUGGGACGAAAUAGACUUCGAGUUCUUAGGGAAUUUGACUGGUGAUCCUUAUACUGUUCACACUAAUGUAAUUACCGGAGGUAAAGGAGACAGAGAGCAACAAUUCCACCUCUGGUUUGACCCUACGGUAGAUUUCCACACCUAUUCCAUCCUCUGGAAUCCCCAUGUCAUCGUCUUCUAUGUUGAUGGAACCCCCAUUAGAGAGUUCAAGAACCUGGAUUCAACAAAAGUUCCAUUCCCCAAGAGCAGCGCAAUGAGAAUUCAUUCUAGUAUUUGGAAUGCUGAUGACUGGGCAACAAGAGGUGGCCUUGUCAAAACAGAUUGGACCAAAGCUCCUUUCACAGCUUCCUACAAGAACUUCAGCACACAAGCUUGCAUUUGGCCCUCAGGGGUAGGGACUUAUCCCUGCAAUUCAUAUCCGUGGCUGGCAAAAGAGCUGGAUGCCGCAAGCCUGGAAAGGUUGCUGUGGGUGCAGAAGCAUUACAUGGUUUACAACUAUUGCAUUGACAGAGAGCGAUUCCCUCAGGGACUCCCUCCAGAAUGUGCUGCUACAACAUAG